AUGUCUGCCUCCUUAAGGGCAACCUCCAACCUAGGCACCACAGGCAUUGCCGUAUUCCGAGCUCCUUUGGCCCUCCGACAUCAGCGAUAUGUCUCCACGCGGUCGUCCAUAAGUGGAGAGAGCGUUGCCCCCGUGGUGGCCAACACGCCGGCCGAGGUCAAGAAGGCCGCAGCGUCUGCUUCUGCCCACUCAGUCAUUCCGACAGGCGUGCUGCUGCGGUCACUCCUGGUGACGACCGUCUCCUCCCACCCGCUUCUAUUAGGGCCCAGCUUAUCCAUCCUAUCUUUUCUCUCCAAGUCCCGCAGCCUUCUGCUGGAUGUGGAACGAAACCCACUCAUCUACUGGUUCCUACGAAAGACAUUCUACGACCACUUCUGUGCGGGAGAGAAGGAAGCCGAGGUGCACCGAACCAUCCAGCAGAUCAAGAGCACGGGAGUGAAGGGAGUGAUCUUGACCUACACGCGGGAGACGGUGCAGGACUCGCGCACGGAGAAGCAACGGUUCGCCAAUACGAGAGCCUUGGAGAAGGCUGCAUCGACAGAGACCUGCGAGCACAUCCAAGCGUGGAGGGAAGAUGUCCUCCGCACGGUGGACAUGCUUGGCCCGGGAGACUUCCUUGCUCCGAAACUCACUGGUGCCGGCCCCAAGGUGACGCAGGCCUUUGCCGCAGGCCAGCCCGUCCCCGCCCAGAUGGUCGAGGCACUCGACGAAGUGUGCCAGCGCGUGGUAGAGAAGAAAGCCCGGCUGCUGAUGGACGCAGAGCAACACGCCUUCCUGGGGGGCAUCCAUAGCCUGACCCUGGACAUGAUGCGCAAGUACAAUCGCCACGGCAAGGCGGUCAUCUACAACACCUUCCAAGCCUACCUCAAAGCCGCCCCGGAACUGAUCGCCGCGCACCUGAAGCUCGCCAACGAAGAAGGCUUCACCCUGGGAUUGAAGCUCGUCCGCGGCGCCUACAUGAGCAGCGAUCCGCGACACCUAAUCCACGACACGAAGGAGGACACUGACCGGGCCUACGACACGAUCGUGCGGGGGAUCCUGCAGCAGAACUACAAGGGGUUCGGGGCAACAAAAAACUGCCCGUUCCCCGCCACCGACCUGUUCUUGGCCACGCACAAUAUCGACAGCGCGGUGGCGGCGCACAACCUGCAUGAGGCGCGCGUCCGGGCCAACCUCCCGACGUGCAAGGUUGAGUUCGGGCAGCUGAUGGGGAUGGCGGACGGGGUGACCUACGGCCUGCUGCAGCUCACGGGCGCGGAACAAGGGGCUGCUCCCCCCCCAGCCGUCUACAAGUGCUUGCACUGGGGCAGUAUGAGCGAGUGUCUGAGUUUCCUGCUGCGGAGGGCGGCGGAGAAUCGCGAUGCGGUGGCCAGGACGAUGACCGAGCACGCGGCGCUCAAGGCGGAGGUGAAGCGGAGGAUCCGGGCUGGGCUCGGGCGAUCUUAG